CACGGGGACAGCAGCUGGCCGGAGACUCGUAGUGCUGGCAGCGAGAGGCGGUCGGGUUUGGAGCGCUCGGGUCGCUUCGGUGCGCGGUGGAACGCGCCCAGAGACCCGGCUUCCCGCGAGCAGCUCCGCGCCGCGCCUGCAUGAGGAGAGAAAAGCAGAAAUUAGGCAAGAACUUAACUGCAGUCACCAAACUAGAAAGCAGCAGAUUCAAAAUUCAAACCUUGGCAGCCAGAAACUGGAGCUAGAUUUCUAAACCACUUUAUUCUUCUGACACAAGGAGACUAAGCUGAAAUUGCUGCUCAGCUCCCAAGAUGGUGCCACCCAAAUUGCAUGCACUUUUCUACCUUUGCGGCUGCCUCGCUGUGGUUCAUCCUUUUGACUGGCAAUACCUAAAUCCUGUUGCCCAUAUGAAAUCAUCAGCAUGGGUCAACAAAAUACAAGUAGUGAUGGCGGCUGCAAGCUCUGGCCAAACUAAAAUUCCCCGGGGAAAUGGGCCUUAUUCCAUUGGUUGUACAGACUUAAUGUUUGAUCACACUAAUAAGGGCACCUUCUUGCGUUUAUAUUAUCCAUCCCAAGAUGAUGAUUGCCUUGACACUCUUUGGAUCCCAAACAAAGAAUAUUUUUGGGGUCUCAGUAAAUGUCUUGGAAGACACUGGCUUGUAGGCAACAUUUUGAGGUUACUCUUUGGUUCCAUGACAACUCCUGCAAACUGGAAUUCCCCACUGAGGACUGGUGAAAAAUAUCCACUCAUUGUUUUUUCUCAUGGUCUUGGAGCAUUCAGGACACUUUAUUCUGCUAUUGGCAUUGACCUGGCAUCUCAUGGGUUUAUAGUUGCUGCUGUAGAACACAGAGAUGGAUCAGCAUCUGCAACUUACUAUUUCAAGGAUCAAUCUGCUGCAGAAAUGGGGAACAAGUCUUGGCUGUACUUUAGAACCCUGAAACAAGAGGAUAUGCAUAUACGAAAUAAGCAGGUACAGCAAAGAGCAAAAGAAUGUUCCCAAGCUCUCAGUCUGAUUCUUGACAUUGAUCAUGGAAAGCCAGUGAAGAAUGCAUUAGAUAUAAAGUUUGAUAUGGAACAACUGAAGGACUCUAUCGAUAGAGAAAAAGUAGCGGUAAUUGGACAUUCUUUUGGCGGAGCAACAGUUAUUCAGACUCUUAGUGAAGAUCAGAGAUUCAGAUGUGGUAUUGCCCUGGAUGCAUGGAUGUUUCCACUGGGUGAUGAAGUAUAUUCCAGAAUUCCUCAGCCCCUCUUUUUUAUUAACUCUGAAUAUUUCCAAUAUCCUGCUAAUAUCCUAAAAAUGAAAAAAUGCUACUCACCUGGUAAAGAAAGAAAGAUGAUUACAAUCAGAGGUUCAGUCCAUCAGAAUUUUGCUGACUUUACUUUUGGAACUGGCAAAAUAAUUGGACAUAUGUUCAAAUUAAAGGGAGAUAUAGAUUCAGAUGUAGCUAUUGACCUUAGCAACAAAGCUUCAUUAGCAUUCUUGCAAAAGCAUUUAGGACUUCAUAAAGAUUUUGAUCAGUGGGACCACUUGAUUGAAGGAGAUGAUCAGAAUCUUAUCCCAGGGACCAAUAUUAACACAACCAAUCCACACAUCAUGCUACAGAACUCUUCAGGAAUAGAGAAAUAGGAUUAAAGGGAUUUUGUUAAAGUCUUGUUCUAAAACUGUCUAAAAUUAUGUGUAUAUGUGUACAUGAGAGAAAGAGAGAGACUUUUAAUGUAUUUUUCCAAAGGACUCAUUUUAAAAUAUAGGUGAUACUAUAAUGGUGAUUGAAGCUUGGGCUAAGAUUUUUUUCCCUUUACAUGUAAAGAAUACAGUAUACAAUAUUCAUAUCAACCUAAAUUUUAAUUUUACUAAGAUGAUUCCUUUUUAGUGUCAAAGUUAAAAACUGCUUUUACAUUACUUUGAUAGACAAGUAGGUUAAAACAGGCAAAAUGCCAGUGGAAAACUGUUGCAAUGAUACAAGACUCCCUAAACAUACAGUAAAAAACAAAUUUCUUGCCUUUUAUUCUCUAUUCUGGGCAGUAGGGUUAGUUUUAGCAGCAUGAUAUUUUAAGUAGAAUUUGGCAGCACUUCUCUUUGACUUCUGGUCAUGGUAACAAAAAUUAGAUCAAGCAAAAGCCAUUGUUUUAGCACAGGAUUGGUGGUAUCCCAAAAUUUCAAAUCAUGACUAAAUGAGGGGUAGAGAAGGGUUAAGAAUACUGGAGAUAAGAUGAAGGUAAUGGAUUAGAGAAAAUCGGUAAUUUUGGGCAUUUUCUUUAUUCUUUAAGGCAUUCUACUUACUAAUGAAAGGUUUCAUUGGUAUUAUAGCUUUCAGUAGGGAUUCCAGUUAUAAUACAUUAGUUACUGACACAAAGGCUGUGAAGGAUAAAACAUUCAGAAUUACAUUUAGCUUCUUCAUAUUUCAAUAAUUUUAUUUAAUGUGUUCAAUUCUAUAUGUAGUGGUAAAACAGAAUGACAUGAUUAAAUGGAGGUAAAAAUAUAGCUUAAGAGUUUAUACACUUAUAAAUAUGGGAAUCAUGGAAAAUGAUUUUAUUUCCUAAAGGGAUAUAAAAAUGUAUACCACUCAUUUGGUACCUUAGUCCUAUCUUAUUGGUUUCAGGUGAAAAGUCACUCAUUCUGAGAAAUCUGACUUCUGUAUCCAUUGAUUAAAUUUUUUAAAAUAGAGAGCUAAACUCAGCUUGAAAAUGAAGGCAUUCUAUAAUCUGACCCUAAUGCAUCUUCUCUGAGCUUUGCUCCUGGCAAUUCACACUAUAUUGUCUAUAUGAGUAAGCCAAACUUAUCUAUUCAUUAUCCCAGGAAUAAGUAAUAUACUCAUUUACCUCAAUUACUUUAAAUACAAAACCGUCUCCUUUCUACUUACUGAAAUCAUACCCAGUUUUUAAGGUUCAUAACUCUAUUUCCAUUAGGCUUCAGAAUCUGAUAAUGCUUCACAGACACACACAUUUACCCCAGUCUCAUUCAGCAAACCUUCUCCCUAUUCAUUAUAGAAAUAAACAUUUCAACUGUAUGGAUGUCCCAUUCAAUACUUUUUUCUUUUUAAGUCUUUUGUUGGUGGCCCAUGCUGAUGCUGAAAGGAGAAAAUUACUAUUGAAAAUAUCUAAUAAGGUUAAAAAGAAAUAACCUAGCAUAGUGCACAAUGAGUAUUUUUCAGAAAAAAGAAAGAAACAUUUACCAAAUGCCUACUUCUUUUCAGGGACUUUACAUCAAUUAUUUCCAAAACACUGCAAGAAAGAUUUUAUUACCACCACUUUACAGAUGGAGAAGAUCAAAGCCCAAAAUAUUACAUAAUUUUCCCAUGUCACAUAUCUGUUAAGCAGUAUAUAGCUAAACUCUGUUUUCAGAAACUAAGAUCUAUACUUUGCAAAAUCAUGUUUAAAGUCACAGGCUUUAAAGUUAUGUAGGUCUGGGUUUUACCAUGCCUUUGAGACUCACUAGCUGGCUGACCUUAGGCAACUUAUUUAAUUUCUCUAAGAAGCUUCAAUUUUCUCACCUAUAAAAUGUGGAUAAUAUUAUUAUGUACCUCAAAGUUGAUGAUUAAAGUGAAAAAAUACAUUUAAAGUACAAGUGACUAAUAUGUAAGAGCUUACAUUUAUUAUCAUGCUUUCCCCAAUCCUCUAUUAUAGAGGAGAGAAGGAACCAAAUAUGUUCAAGAGUUUGACUUCCUUUUUAAUAAAAUAAGACCAUCACAUUAAUGAUAAACUUUAUUUAAGGAUAAACUUUAUUCAAAUCUUGUAUUAGAAUACUUCCAAAUUCAAACAAUGUUGUCAGAUGUUUAGACAAACAGGUAAAGUUUCAAAAUCAAGACAAAAAUUCUGAAGGAGAGACUGCUAAAACGCUAUCCUCCUAAGUAGUAUCAACUAAUGUACUUGUCAUGAGGCUAUAUUUUUCUGUUUUAACUUAAACACUGUAUUUGAAAGGUACCAAAAUAUUUUUUAUUUUUUUGAGACAGAGUCUUGUUCUGUCACCCAGGCUGGAGUGCAGUGGCACAAUCUUGGCUCAUUGCAACUUUUGUUUCCUGGGUUCAAGUGAUUCUCCUGCCUAAGCUUCCCAAAUAGCUGGGAUUACAGGUGUGCACCACCACAUCCAGCUAAUUUUUUAUAUUUUUGGUAGAGACAGGGUUUCACCAUGUUGGCCAGGCUGGUCUUGAACUCCUGACAUCAAGUGAUCUGCCCACCUCGGCCUCCCAAAGUGCUGGGAUUACAGGAGUGAGCCACCAAGCCUGGCCCAAAACAGUUUUUUGAAAUGUAAUGUCUUAGUAAACUGUUUAGCAAAAUAAAUCCUCCUAACGAAUUAGAAACAUAAGAAAAUAAAAGGCAAAGGAAAGAUCCCAGAUCCAUAUAUACAACAGUAUCACUAUAAAUAGACUCCACAGUCAACCUGAGACCUAUUUUGUUUUCCACCUAUAUAAAAGUUUUUGAAAAUGACAGCUUCUUGUGGUUAUAUGUUUUCCAGUUUCUCAAAUACUCUGUUGGUCUGGGUAAGAUGCCACUUGUUCAAGAGCAGCUUCUGACUGAUUGGCCACAGCUACAGAUCCACAGUUAAAUCUCCAUCACUUCGAAACCCCUUUUCUAAAACAAAAAAAAGAAAAACUUCAAACUGAGAAAGAAACAUACAAACAAAAGAAAUUAUUUACAUGUGUGUUACCAUGACAAAUGUAAUAUUCUCUAAAAGGGGGGGAACAGAUGAGUAUUCUAAUUACUAUAGGGCAUUAUAUCUAUAGAAAUAAUGUUUUAUUUUCUUCUUAAUAUUUUAGUUCUCACACUGUACCAUCAAAUCAUCAAGUUUCUCUAAAAAAUCAUGAAAUUGGCUUAUUUUAUAUUUUGCUAAAAUGGUGUUAUGAAGGCUGAUAAUCAAUUGGUUCUUUGUCCUUUUUGAUUGGUGUGUAUUUUCACAUGAUACUAAAGCUACCAUGAGCUGAUUUUAUUCUCAAUGUGCCUCAAUUCUAAGAAUCACUGCAUUAAGUAUGAACAGGAAUGUGCAAUACCAAGAACCAGCCAAUAAUUUGAAUCUUAUGUAAACUAAAGAGUCAGAAAUUCCAAGAGAUUAUUUAACAAAGAUCAUUUAAACAUACGAGCUAGUUAACAGAGAAAAUUCUUUAAAAUAUGAAUUUAUCAUAUUCAUAAUUUAACUUUCAAGAUUAAUUCAAUUAACAAAUUUCCUAUAUUUCAAGAAAUCCUCAUCUUGGUUAUAUAUUCCCAUAAGUAUAUUUAAACAUUUUUUUUUUUUACCUAAAGUGGUUUUUCUUCCCUACUACUUCCGUCCAAAAAAAUUGAUAAACCAUUUUUGUUUGAGGGGUUCAGCAUUAACUAUAUAUACACACAUAUUUUGAGAUGGCCCGACUUACACUGGUUUGACUUACAAAUUUUCAACUUUAUGAAACGUUUAUCAGGGUACUCAAAUGCAUUUUAACUUGAUAGUUUCAACUUACAGGUUUACCAGGAUGUAGCCCCACUGUUGUAGCAUCUGUAUUUGAGUAAUCUUUGCCUAUAAAUUUGUCAGGGUAUUUUUACACUAUUGGCUCAAGAAUGUUAUAAUGCUACUGGACAUAAGUUGGCAACCAUUUGGUUUUUGGAAGGACUUUCGGUAUUGAACUAGGUCUGCCCUAGCUAUUUAAUUCCUGGGUAUUUAUCCUAAGGAAUUAGAGUUAAUUGUUUCUUUCUUCUGUGGACCAUUGUUUUUGAUAUUAAAAAAAUAUGACAGUUUGUAUCAUGUAACUGUAAAAAUGUAAACACAUUUGUAGCAUGACCUUUUAAAUAAAGCAAGAUUUAAAUAAAGCAAAAAAAAAAGCCUUUUAAAA